CUUCAUUAACUUCUGAGUGGAGCACAAAGAAAGGUAUAUUUGAUUUAAGGGAAAGAGAAGGGAGCACUAUUUAAUGUUGAUUUGGUGUAGUGAAUAACCCCAGAGAGAAAUGUAAAUACCAGGCUGCAAUAACAUGACAGCACACUAAUCAUAUUUACAAACGAUAUUAAAUCUGUCCAUUGUGCUUGCCUGGCUGCGGAUUGGCCCGACUGUAAUUGUCACUGUAACCAGCGCUGGCUUGUGGGAGAAUUUAACUGCAGUGAUAUAAGUUCAAAUAGCACAUGGGCAGUCAUGCCUUAGUAACAGUCAGAAAACCAACUUAAGACAAACAUAUUUCCAUCAUGGGUGGAAUGUCUACCAAGAAGUUAUUUAUUCCGUCCUUAACGAUAUCUGCAUCUCCCCAGGAGCAGAGCCUUGUCGAGCCCCUCCGCCAACAGGCACUCCACACUUCAUCAGGCAGUUUUUCUCAGGGAUUCUGAGAAAAUUCUCAGGGAUUCUGAGAAGAUUCAAACAGAACUUUGCUGUUUCUUAACACCUCUAGCUGCAGCUCUUUUCAUCAAAGCUACAAAAUGAAGGUGGGUGAGGAAUACAGAGGAGAAGGAAAAAAUACUAGGAUUCAUUGCCAAGUACUUUCUCUUUGUCCUUCAUUUCCUACCAGUGGAUUUGGAAUGGAACCAGGCUGAGCAGAUGACUGACAGAGUAGUACCUCACACUAAGCACUGGGUCAGACCUACUGCAAUGUUUUCCUCCUUGAUGCUGUUGGUGCCAUAAAGGGCAUCAGCAGGCUGGCCCUCAGCCUUGAGGCAGAGGGCAGCAUCAUCUGCAGCUCUCUGUAGGGACAGCACAGGAACGGAGGAGGUGCACAUCCCACCCUUGGUCACAGCAGUGGAAGCCCAGGAAGCAUCAGUGGGAACUGAAGGGAGCCAGGGAGGUCUGAGCAGAGACACAGAUGACAGCACUUGCCUUCCCUGACUGCUCACCACUCCAGAUCUGUGUAUUACUGCAGAAAUAUCCCACUGGGAAAAGGCUGCAUAAGUUCUGGCCACCGUGUAAAUCCCACACUGAAGACUCACUUGGGAAGAAGAAAAGACAUAAAAUGUUGAGCUGGCUCUCUAAGUGAAGGAAGGUUCGUGCUUGGAAGAACCUCAGCUAAAACUCCCGAAGAGGAGAACAUCCCUAUUUUAACAGGAAAGUGCAUAGGAAUGGAGAUCAAUUUAAGCUGAGCUGUGCAAAGCGGGGAGAAAUCUGGUGAUGGUCCUGCAAAUGUCACUGACAAGGAAAAGAAAAGGCUAAAGGCUCUGCUGGAGUGACUCCAUUGACUCCCAUGGCUGUCGUGGGCUUCAAUUUGCAAAAGAGACAGAAGAAGAGAAAACCCUUCCUCCACCUCUCUCCUCUGUAAUUCUUGAAAGUGACAUCUGUGCAGUGCUGCAGGAAAGAUUACACAUCUUAAGUCUUAUUUUUUUUUUACCCUGCCACUCCCAAUUUACUCAUGCCCACUAUCGUAAUAUUAAUUUUGAGCAAGGAGGAGUAAGGAGAGCUCCCCUGGGCCAGCGUGGUUCUCCUGGCUGGGAGAAGCCCAGGGAGGGGGAGGGCAGCGGGGCCGAGGUCACUGCUGCUCCAAGGGGACCAGAUCUGCCUUUCUCAGCCAGGACCCAGGGCAUCUGUCCUGGGAGCCUGUCCAGAGCAGCCCCUGCUCGUCCCUCAGCACCCCAGCGUGGCACCGCUCUGUCUUGCCACCACUCCUCCUUCCCACCCCCCCUUGCCUCACCUCCCCCGGACCCACUUCCCUUCUCGAAAAAUCCAUCCAUUUAUUUCCAAUUACAAACCACACCACAUAACACAAACAUAAUUGCUUAAAAGUUGUUCCACAUUUGAUUCACAUGCAUUAUGCAUCCUGUAAAUUAUGUACGACCUCCUCUUUUAUUUUUUUCCCUUUUUUUGAGAAGUAUUAUUGUAGUUCCUCUCUUGAUAUAAGGAUAGUUUUUACAGUUAGAAUCAAAACCUAAUUCAUUUACAAUACCUGUCUCCUGAGGAUCACAACAUAAUGACAUUGGAACAGUAAAAAGACUACACAGGGUUUUCACUUCAAUCACAGCUGUUCUAUAAAGAAAAGAAACUUACAGAAACCACCAAGAGAGAUGGUGAUUUAUAUCCAGUAGGAUACAAUAUAGCUGAAGAUGACUUUCUUGCUUAAACAAGGAAGGAAAAAAUGAACUCAUAUGUAUGAUGUAAAUAGACUUAACCAUGGGUGGCUGUGGUUUACUAUAAAUAUUCAAUUCAUUAUGGCUGCAGAGACGUACAGCUCCUACUGCGUGCUGGUGUUCUUGCCUGUAUCUGUCACUUGCUUCUGUUUGUCAUAAGCCAGAACCCUCUUUAUGGUGACCCCCCCCCUUUUUUUUUUUUUUUUCCUAGUUGUCCAGGAAUCAACGCAUUUGGGAAUUUUUUUUAAAGCUUUGGACCUCUUAAUGGUAAAGAUCUCAUUGAAGGAGGUUUUUCAGCAAUGGAAAAAAACCAUGGGCCUGUGAGUUUGGAUCCCGUGAUGCAUCGCUCCUUGAAGUUACAUCUGCUCUUCUCUUUCAUCUCUCCUCUUGUUAACUGGGAGCUGUCACAUUAGGAGUUUUGGUGGAAGUGGCAUAAAGGAAGGAAAGAGAGACUGAUACACUGUGUCAUGACAAAACAGGCAGAGUAAGAGUGCCUUUGCAGUCACCUACCAUCCAUGGACUACGUGCUGCUGGCCCAAAGCAUCAGGCCCUCUGGAAGGAUUCUGCACAUGAAAAGUUGAACUGGAGCAAAAUCAAGACUUGAAGUCCCCUGUGUGGAAAAACAGGUGAAAAAAAGGGCUGCUGAAUUGUGGUAUGAGGUCAGGCCCGUGGUCACUCUCUUCUGACACCAGCAAGGUCUUUUUCAUGCCCAGUGACCCCACCUUUGUCGGCUCAAGAGCAAACAUAAUUUCUGAAGAAUGAUACCAAACUCAGCCUCCUUUUCCUCAUUUUCUUCCUGUUCUACCCUUGGCAUCCCAACAGUGACCUUGAGCUCCAGUGCAUGCAGACAAACUUCUGCCACUCAAGACUUGCUCUCCUCUCCCCUGAGCGGAGGCUGCUGGAGAAGAAGCAUCUGUGCCCGGACCUUUUCUUGAUUGCGGAGAUGAUGGUGCUGGACAAGGAGGACGGCGUGCCGAUGCUCUCCGUGCAGCCCAAGGGGAAGCAGAAGGGCUGCGCCGGCUGCAACCGAAAGAUCAAGGACCGCUACCUGCUGAAGGCUCUGGAUAAGUAUUGGCAUGAAGACUGUCUAAAGUGUGCCUGCUGUGACUGCCGUCUUGGAGAGGUUGGAUCAACUCUGUACACAAAAGCAAAUCUCAUUCUCUGCCGCAGAGAUUACCUGAGGCUCUUUGGUACCACCGGGAAUUGUGCUGCCUGCAGUAAACUGAUCCCUGCCUUUGAGAUGGUGAUGAGGGCCAGAGAUAAUGUUUACCAUUUGGACUGCUUCGCCUGUCAGCUCUGCAACCAGCGAUUCUGCGUGGGAGACAAAUUUUUCCUGAAGAACAACAUGAUCUUGUGUCAGAUGGACUAUGAGGAAGGGCAGCUGAACGGGAGCUUCGAGUCCCAGGUUCAAUAACAGCCCCUGCUUGGCUGGAGCACUGUGGGAUGGGCGCUCGGCCGCACGAGCAGCGAGGGCGUCUGUCAGCUUGCCUGCAAUAUUUUUUUAAUUCUUGGUCCAGAGAGGACUAUAUACAUUGUAGUACUUUUCCCCCCCAACACAAAGCAGUUACAAUUUUAGAUGUACAGUUGUGCCUGCUUAGCUGAGCACUGCAUUGCCUGUAUGUUUGUGAGUUUUUGGGGUCUGGGGGAGGGCUCUGUACAGUCUGUUUUCUGUAUAUAAACUGGAACAUUUAUUUUAUGAAAAAUGUAAUGCAAUUUUAUUACUGGUGUGAAUUAAAAAUUAUGAAUGUUUC